AUGAGAUCCAAUCUGGCAGGUGGGCGAGAAGACGGGAUUUUUGGCCCAAAUUCCAACUUGGCGGUGAGAGAGGUGCGGCGCCAGGGUGUGUUGCUCCCCAAGCGUGACGCUCUGCUGAUCUCGACGCGCCUCGGCAUGUUUUGCUGCGACUGGCGCCUCUCGCCUCCACUCGGGCGGCCUGCCGUGGGAAAGCGAGCUGCUCGACGACCUGCCGGGCCGGACCCUGGAUGCCGAAAACAGGAGCGGCUGAGCAUCUUGGCUCGUAAUGUGAAGGGUCAAGCUGCCGGUAUCAUAUCCACCAGUCUGGCAAGCCCACACGCUGAGAGCCAGGUGGAAAAAUCCGAGGCAAAGGUGGGUGUAAGCCAAUGCUGCGAGCUUUCUUCUGUCGAUCUUGGCAUUCCACUUUCGGCCACGCCGGCGACGGAUUUCAAGUCAGCGCUCAAGAUUGCGCUCGCCUUUCAUUCUCCUCUCUCCCCCCUCUUCCUUGCCGCCGGAUACCUUGGCUGCCGUGCAUCAUCCUCCUGCUUUCCAUCAUCUCUGCCCUGGUGCGCUCGCUCAGCCUCUCGUCCAUUCCGGUCAUUGCCAGCCAAACUUGCCGCUGCCGACUUGCACGUUCAGCCGGCAUCAUCCGCGCGCGCGCUUGGGGCCGCCCUCUCCACCGCGCUUGGCUGCUACAAUAGCGCUGCCAAGCCUCUAGCUCGUUCCUUGCAUCGCUCUCGAGCCUCGCCAUCCUCGUGCCCAGCGCCUCUGCCUCCACGCCUCCGCCAUCGCUUCCACGCUCAACUCGGCACCCUCGACAAGCUUACUUAG